AUGGAUGCAAUAAAUUCAUCAGCAGCAAGGCUGGCGAUAUCAGCAACGGGUAAUUCUUUAUUAGAUUUCUAUAUUGGUCUUGGUUUGGCUGUUUCAUCAUCCUUAUUCAUUGGAAGUUCUUUUAUUAUCAAAAAGAAAGCAUUGAUAAAACUUUCUCAUUCUGCUGAUAUUUCACAACGUGCUUCUGAAGGCGGUUAUGGUUAUUUAAAAGAAUGGUUAUGGUGGCUUGGAGUCAUUACUAUGGGUGCAGGUGAAGCGUGUAAUUUCGCUGCUUAUGCAUUUGCUCCAGCAAGUUUGGUGACUCCUCUCGGUGCUCUUAGCGUCAUCGUUACUGCGGUAUUAUCAUCUCAUUUACUCAAAGAAAGACUCAAUUUAUUGGGUAAAAUUGGAUGUGCUGUAUGCCUUUUGGGUUCUACAGUUAUAGUGAUUCAUUCACCGAAAGAGGAAGAAGUUUCAUCUAUGGCUGAUCUUGCACAGAAAAUGAAAGAUCCUGGUCCUCUCAUAUUUAUUCUUUAUGUGGUAACUGUUGUUAUUGUCACAUUGAUAUUGGUUAUAUAUAUUGCACCCCGGCAUGGUCGUUCGAAUAUUUUAAUAUAUAUAGCAAUAUGUUCAUUAAUUGGUUCGUUAUCAGUUUUAUCAGUGAAAGGUCUUGGCUUGGCGAUAAAAGAGACUCUUGGCGGUAAACAGCAAUUAACCAAUGUCCUUACGUGGUGCUGGCUUGCUGCGGUUGUUGUUUGCAUAUCUGUGCAACUUAUAUACUUAAAUAAAUCAUUAGAUAUGUACAAUACGUCAAUGGUUACGCCAAUAUACUACGUAUUUUUCACAUCGUUCGUAAUAUUGGCAUCAUCGAUAUUGUAUAAGGAAUGGUCUUGUUUAGGUGCUAGCGAUGUUCUUGGAAAUGUUAUUGGCUUCUUAAUUACUAUUAUUGGAAUAUUUCAGAUGCAAUUAUUUCGAGAUGUUAAUAUAUCAUUGCGGCAAGUUCGUAUGCUUAUACAUAAACCAUCUUCCAAUAUAAAUCAAUUUGAGAUAGAUAGUUCAACAUCAUUAGUUGAAGAUUCACCGAGGAGGUCAUCUCAACAUUUUAUAUAUACCUAA